GAAAAGCCAAGACAUGACCAUGACACGCGCCAUUGAUAGAUUUCCCGACUCGGGCCGCCGCCGAGAGAAGAAAGUGCUGGUGACAGCUACCAGCCGGACCGGGACUUUCUCCCUCUACCAGGCCCUGAACAUGCUGGGUUACCGCACCUACCAUGCCUACGAGAUGUGCAAGUCUGGCGGCCCACAUGUCGACUGCUACACUGAGGCCCUGAAGGCUAAGUAUCUGGGCAUCGGAAAGCCCUAUGGCAAGGCCGAAUUCGACAAAUGGUUCGGAGAUUAUGAUGCCAUCGUUGAGAUCGCCGCCUUCUUCGUCGAAGAGCUGACCGAGUUCUAUCCCGAGGCGAUUAUUAUGCACGUCGAGCGUGACACCGACAAGUGGUACACGUCCGUCGUGAACACCGUCGGCCAGAUGAUAAAUGACUGUGCCGCCUUUCCGCUGCACCAGAUCCGCCUCGUGGACCCUUUUAUCAACUCCUUCUGUGAGCACCACAUGAUUUUCGCCAAGGUGAUCCACUGGAACGAAGGGCCUGAGGCGUGUAAGGAAUACUACAACGAGACAAACCGGAGGGUCCGACAGGUGGUUCCUCGAGAGAAGCUUGCCGUGUUUCGGCUGGAGGAUGGUUUCGGCUGGGAACAAAUCUGCCCGCGCCUCGGCAAGCCGAUCCCCGCCAGGCCCUACCCCAUAGGCAACGCGCCGGUGCAGUUCAAAGAGCUUGCGACGACGGAGUUGAACCCAAAGAUCACCGCGGGCCUCAUCAAGUUGGCCACUAUAGUGCUUGUGCCGACGGUGGCAACAGGAACUUUGCUGUAUACGUGCGCGUGGUGA